AUGAUAAGAGCAUCAGCUGACCCGAUCACGCGUGGAGAGAAAAAGAGGGCAUUGCUGCAAGAGAGAGAGAGAGGGACCAUGUUUGCUGCAUGGCAGGGCAGGCAGGCUGGGGGUGGGAAAAAAGAAAGGACCACCGGCCGAGAACCCAGUUCGGAACAGAUGUGCCGUGAAAAUCAGGCUGCUAGCGUUGGAGGCAGCGCUAAGGCACCUCGGCCCAGCUACCCUGUCCAGUUGCAGUUUUUGCUGUUGUGUCGGCGAUACGCAGUCUCCGAGGCCGGGGUCAUCAAUCUUGGCGCCGGCGUAUGGCCGACCUUUUGCCGGCCCAGACAGUUCUCGACCCGUCUCAACGUUCAACAUGACCGACCACAUUAUCAAAUUCUCUCUACAAUUGCUGACAAGUGUGGGUGGAAUGCAGUAGUGUCUGCCAGAAGUAUCUGGUGA